CAAUGAGACUGUAAGCUUAAAUCAGUAUGAUUUCCUUUGUGAACAACUAAAAUGGAUGUAGUUUUAUUUAUUUUUUCUAUUAUUUUAUUGUUUUCCAAUUCAUUUUGUCUUUAUAGGGUACCUUUGCACAAGCAUGAUAGCCAGAAUUAUUCUAUUAAUGGGGAAGUUAAACAGAUUAAUAAACAUCAGAAUCCAGUUUCUUCUCAAAGAUUAUCAGUUAUUUUGAUGAAAUAUAGAGAUGCUGAAUAUUAUGGGAUGAUAUCUGUAGGUAAACCUCAGCAAACAUUUAAAGUUCUUUUUUCAACUGGUUUUCCCUACUUUUGGAUUCAAUCGAAAAAAUGCCGCUGGUUUCGAAUGGCUUGCUGGAAUCACAAUGGUUAUGAUAGUUCCAAAUCAUCAACUUAUAGGAAAAAUGGGAAACCAUUUCAUAUUAAUGACCUCUACGGGAAAUUAUCUGGAGUCCUUUCUGAAGACACUCUGGAGUUUGGCAACAUGAUCAUUAACAACAUAACUUUUGGUGAAGCAGAUAAGCCACCAUUCCUUGGCAUUUAUGAUGGAGUUAUAGGGCUAGCUUUCCCUAUGAAAACGUACAUUGGGAAACCUCCGCUAACUUCAAUUAUCUCCGAAGGCCUUUUAAAAAAGAAUAUUUUUUCUUUUUUUAUUGACAAGCAUAAAAAGGAAAAUGAAGUUGGUAAAAUUAUUUUCGGUGAUUGGGAUGAAAGUAAAUUUGACUUGAAGUCAGUGAAUUACAUUCCACUAUCUGACAAUACUAGAUGGAUAUUUGACAUAAAAUAUGUGCAUACAGAUGAUGGAGAACAGUUGUGCUACGCUUGCCAGGGUUUAGUCGACACUGGAACUGCUCUCAUUUUAGGUCACAAAGAUGUUGUUAGGAAAAUUCAUGAAAAAAUUGGAGCCACUAUCCAUGGAACAGAAGCUUCAGUGGACUGCUCUAAAAUUGAUGAAUUACCACCAAUCACAUUUUCGAUCAACAAUAGAAGUUAUUCUAUCAAAGGUCAUGAUUACGUAGUCAAGAGAAAACACUUAUAUUUCUUUACCAGAUGCAUGAUUGGCAUUGUUGGAAGUGAAAAAAAUAAGGAUAGGCCAUGGAUCCUUGGAAAUAUUUUCCUUCAACAAUUUUACACUAUUUUUGAUGCCGACAACAAACAAAUUGCUUUUGCUAGUUUGUUACACUGAAUUGUUUAUUACAAUUUUAAAAUAUUUCAAGAUAUAUAUAUAUAUAUAUAAAUAGUUUAGCUUUCGCGUGAACAAGUAACAAAAUAUCAUUCUGAUUAGCAAUUUGAAUUAAUAUGUUAAGAAAAUAAAGACUUGAGUUAUUAAUUUAUUAUUAUAAUAAUCUGUAAUUUACAAUAAUAUAUAGUAAUAGUUCAUUACCAUUUAUUAUUAAAAUAGAUAGGAGUAAAGAAAGCAUUUGUCAAGUAAUAAUCAGUAAUGCAUAUACAUCCUACGUAGCUUUAUAAUUUUAUUACAUGUAAGAUUUAAUUAAAUGAUUCCAUAAUAAUUAAAAUAAGCCAUUAAAUAUUUCUCAAGAGGUAAUCUACACUGCUCCUUUAUACUUUUAUAGCUUCAAUAGCAAAAGUACCUGAGGCAAAGCAUAAAAAAAUUGGAAACUAAGUGGUUAAGUUGGUAGUGUUCUUAUUAAUAAUAAAACAUAUAAAAAGUAUUUAUUUUAUUUUAAAUAAAAAAAAGAAAGAAAUUUGAGAAUUAUUGACACCACAUAAUACAGCAAGUUAAAAAAAAAUUAAAAUUAUCUACAACAUAUAGUUCUUCCUGCGACAACAAGCACACACAAUAAUAAGUAAGAGUUUGAUACAAAAAUAAAAAUUAAAGUGUUAAGUGUGUGUGUAUAUAUACAUAUAUAUUAAAUUUUGAAAACCUGAUAUUUAAUUUUAGUAAGAGUAGUUCAUUUUUUACCCUUAGAGUAAAGGCUUCAGAUGGUAUUGAAGAAUCCAAUUUCGAACAUAGGAAUUUUUAUGGUAGUAUAAUUAUACUUGCUUUAAAAUAAUUUACAAAAAAAGAAAAUACAUAUAAAUAGUGUGACUAAUAAAUCAUCUCAUAGUGACAUUCAUAUUUCAUAAGGCGAAACUUGUGUUUUGAAUUAUUCCUAUAGGAAUAGGAAAAAAUCUUACAAAAAAUGAUUUAAAUAAUAAUAUGAUUUCAGAAAAUUAAUUUACAAUUUAUUUAUGAAGUUGUAGUACAUGGAAUGUCAGGGAGUGAUUAAUGUUAAAGUACACAUUUGAUUAAAAACAUAAUUUAUUAAAGCAAACAGUUUUAAUAAUUUAUCAGAGCAAAAUUUUUAAUUUUGAAAUUUAAAGAAAGAUUUACCUGUACCACUAUAACCCAUGAAGGAUCUUGGGGGGGGGGAGGGGGGAGGGUCAGUACUAUUGAGGGAAAAUAUUGUUUCUAGGUCAACGGUUGUGCAAUGAAAAAUUAAAAGAAAAAUUUAACUGACCAAUUAGUGACUGAAAACAUAUUUGUGAGUGAGUAUACCUUCCAGACAAUUACUUCCUUUUACUCUGGGCUUUUAUGAAAAGAUGAUUAAAAAUUAGCAUCAUUAAAAAAAUAUAUCGACAGCCACAUUGUAAAAUAUUAUUCAUAAGAAGAAAUUAACUGUGUAUUUCUAUAUUAGAAGUUCCUUUAAUUCUUUAUUGUAGGCUUAAAACAAAGAUCUAAUGCUUUAAAUAACGUUUUUGGUUUGUCUUCCUGAUUAUGCGUAAGACUGAAAUUGACCUCAAAAACUUAAAACUGCACUAUUAAAUUUAACAUACAUUGGCUGUCAAUACAUAAACCAUUGAGCAUACUUUGUUUAGUUACUUAAAUUGGACUUUAUCUAUUCAUGUUUUGUUUAUGAUAUUCUAAAAUAAUUACAUUUCUUUUUGCUUUUCUUUUAUUCGAUUGAAUUUCAUAUUAAUAAAAUAAAAUGAUAAAUACAAUAGUUUUGCUUGCUUAAAAAAAAAAAUUUUAUUUGAUAGAUAAAACUGCCGUAAAUGGCUCUAAUAAUUUCAGAAUUUAUCCUUCAAAUGAAUAGAAGCUUUAACAGAUAGUCUAGAUUUUAUAAUAAAUUUAUUUAAAUUAACAUAUAUCGUAAUUGUUUCAAUUCAAUAGUUCAUUAAUUAAUCAGCUAAACCUAUCAGAAACUGAAGUUUAAAACAAACAUUUCACACUUGUACAAAAAUCAGAAAAAAGGAAAUAAUUUAUUAUUGCAAAUAAACUGGCAAAAAAUUUACAUUUCCUUAUUUUUCUUCCCCUUCUACUAGUUCUGUUUCUGAUGUCUCAGCAGCUUCCUUCUUUCCUCCAUCGGGGAGCCAAAGACCAGAGUCUAUGCAGCGCUUCAUGUGGUAAGCAGCUUCUUCUUGAGGCAUUUUAGCUAUUGCUUCUUGAAGCAUUGGAAUGUCUUGUUUUUCAAAACAUUCUUGUAAUAUC